AUGGCGGGCGGCACGCCUCACGGCGAGCCAUCGGUGGGCUCCGAUACGCCGCGCCAAAAGGGCAAAGCAACACCAGAGACGCUCAAGACGGGCUGCAUUGCCUGGGUCGAGAAAGACGGCCAGCCGCGACGAGCCGAAAUCCUCAGCAUAAAAGAAACCAAGUCGGGGAAGCACUAUUACUGCAACUUUGACAAUUUCAACAAGCGUCUGGACGAGUGGGUGCCGGUCGCGCGCAUCGACUUCACCCAGGACGUCGAGUGGCCAAAUCCCGAGAAGGACAAGCCGAAGGACUCGAAAUCCAAAAAGGCGCCGUCAGGCCAGCCCAAGAAGUCGCAAGUGUCCAAGAAGUCGCAGAAGCGGCCGGGGAAGCGCGAACAGUCUGUGAACAGCGAGGCGACGACGCCGCAUCCAUGGACGGAGUUUGUCGAUUCGCAAGGCCAGCGGAAAUCUUCAUCGGUCGGACCAGAUGCCGAAUCUCAGGUAAACGGCAGCUUCGAAGCGAGCGCGACACCAGGCGCCGGUGACGACUUGGCUGCGGACGAAAAAGAGGAAGAGGCGAAGAAGGAAGACCAUGGUUUCAGCCGAGAGGAGGAAAUCGAGAAGCUGAGGACGUCGGGAUCGAUGACACAGAACCCGGCCGAGAUAUCGCGAAUACGAAACAUAUCAAAGGUUCAGUUUGGGAAGCACGACCUCUUCCCCUGGUACUUUUCGCCGUACCCCGAGGUCUUUGCGCUCGAGGACGUGAUCUACAUUUGCGAGUUCUGCCUCAGCUACUACGGGGACGAGUUUGCCUUUAUGCGACACCGAAAGAAGUGCACGCUGCAGCACCCCCCGGGUAACGAGAUUUACAGAGACGAUUACGUCUCGUUCUUCGAGAUUGAUGGGAGGCGGCAGCGGACGUGGUGCCGCAAUCUGUGUCUUUUGUCCAAGAUGUUCCUGGACCACAAGACGCUCUACUACGACGUGGACCCCUUUCUGUUUUAUGUCAUGACGAUGCGGACGGACAAGGGAUGCCACAUUGUGGGAUACUUUUCCAAGGAAAAGGAGAGCGCAGAUGCAUACAACGUGGCCUGUAUCUUGACUCUCCCGCAGUACCAGCGGAAAGGCUAUGGCCGUCUCUUGAUUCAGUUCUCGUACGAGCUGUCCAAGAUUGAAGGCAAGCUGGGCUCCCCAGAGAAACCACUGUCCGAUCUUGGUCUGCUGAGUUACCGUCAGUACUGGUCUGAAAAUAUUCUCGACUUGCUGCUGGGAUACAAUGAGCGGGAUGAGAAGGUGACAAUCGAGGCCAUUUCUUCGGCGCUGGCGAUGACGACGCAGGACGUUGAGCAUACGCUGCAAGCCAUGAAGAUGCAGGUGUACCACAAGAGCGACCACAAGAUUGUGAUACCGGAGAGGCUGAUCCAGCAGCGGGAGAAGCAGAAGCAAAAGCAAAAGAGGGUUCUUGAUCCGUCCAAGAUCCAGUGGAAGCCGCCGGUAUUUACAGCAUCCAGCCGUACGUGGGGGUGGUGA